GUUUAAUUGAUUUCUGACGGGCAGAGAAGCUAACACAAAGAGUUCAUUCAGAGUCGUAUAAUGAAAGUUAUAGUUUUAGCGAUAGCCCUUUUUGGGAUAUCAAUCAAAGCACAGGCGCCGUGUACAACGUCAAUUUGUUUGUCCCAGUGUCCCGUUGAUUCAAGAUGUCCUGCCACCAACCCGUUGCAACCAGUGCUGCUACCACACACUGAUUGUUCUAGGUUCUACAAAUGUCAUAACGGACGUGCUUGCCCAUACCAUUGCCCCGCAGGCUUACACUUCAAUCGUAUUAAGAAUACCUGUGACUGGCCAAACCAAGCGUGUUGCGAUCCAUCUAUUCCCUGCAGACCAGAUCCAUGCAACCCCGGAAACGGAUGUACAGUACCAACACCGCCGCCGCCGCCACCACCAUGUCCACCAUCACCUUGCCCACCAACUGGACCUGGAUGCCCACCAAUCUGGUGCCCAAUACCGCCACCUCGUCCCCCAACAUGUCCACCGACCCAUUGCCCACCCGUUGGACCGGGUUGUCCUCCUGUAUGGUGUCCACCUCCACCACCUCCACCACCUCCACCACCGCCACCAUGUCCACCAAUUAUCUGCCCACCACCACCAUGCAGUGGCGGUGGAAAUAAUUGCGACAACUGCGAUCCUCACCCUGAGUGUCCUCUUUUCAAUCCACCCACGCCGAAACUACUACGCCAUCGCCUGUGCACUAAGUUCUACAAGUGCGAAACCGGUCGCGCUUGCGAAAUGGAUUGCCCAGCUGGACUUCACUUCAACGUAAACAGACAAGUUUGUGAUUGGCCCUGGUUUGCCUGCUGCGAUUCGUCAAUCGAGUGCCGGCCAAAUCCUUGCGACCUUGGUAUCUGCCCGCCAGUAAAUACACCGCCAACCUGCGUGGGAUGGAUCUGUUGAAUGUGACGUCAGUUUUGUCGACAAAGCCGCUAUUGGGAAGCGUUUAUUCUCACGAAAUAAUUAAUCACAAUAAAAUAAUAAGCAAAUUAGCAUAAA